AUGAAGAAGUCGGUGUUGGAACGUCGGGGGCCCACCCCAUCAUCCGGCCCCCAAAAUCGACCCGCCGAACCCCAGCCACAGCCCGAGGAAUUUAUGGGUAUCUUUUACGGAGGAGAAGACGACAACGAUGAACUAACUGAUAACGACGCUAACCAAAUCCAAAUUAACGAUAACAAUAACGACGAUACUAACACGACCCAGGCAGAAGAGGGGCCUGCGCAGCCCCGUUACUUCUUGUGA